AAGAAUAAAUCAGUUUUAUGUGUGCUUUUUUCUUUAUUUCUCUUUUAUUUUUAUAUUUUUCAUUUUAAUAUUUAAAGAAAUGAUGGCACCAUCAGCAAUAAUAACUUCUAAUACAGCCUCUAAUGUUGAUGCAGCCAAUAAUCAAAGAGAAUCAUCAAGUGUUACAUUAUUAAGCAGAAGGUUAACUAAAAGUGCAACAGUCUCUAAAUCAGAAGGAACAACAACAACCAACAACAAUGAUGAUAAAGUUCAUGUACGUAUUGUGCCCAGUAUUGAAAAUCCAAGUCGAAGCUUGAUAUUUGAUAUUGUGGAUCGUGAAUUGGAAAUAGGUUCUGUCAUUAAAAUAGGUCGUUAUUCUGAGAGACAUUCAAAUGAUAUUAAUUGCAUGUCUUUUAAAAGUAAAGUCGUUUCAAGAUGUCAUUGUGAGCUUUCAAUUGAAGCAGAUAAAAAGUUGUAUAUUCGAGAUACAAAAUCAUCCUCUGGCACAUUUCUAAAUCAUGUUCGAUUAAGUCCUGCAGGAAAUGAAAGUAAACAGAUAGAAUUACAUGACGGUGAUAUUGUACAAUUAGGCGUUGAUUUUCAGGGUGGAAAAGAAGAAAUAUAUCGUUCUGUAAAAAUGAAAUUUGAAUUAAAUAGACCUAAAAGACUACUUUCCUUUAACUUGACUGCCUUUCAAAGUCUUCGUCAUUUAACAAAUCAAGAAGAGAAAGAGAGAAAGAAUGAUGAUGAUGAUAAUCAGCUUGAAGAAUGUUGUAUUUGUCUAUAUGCAUUAUCUCCUUUUCAAGCUUUAUUUGUCUCUCCAUGUUCUCAUAUUUAUCAUUAUAAAUGUAUUCGACCACUUUUAAAGAGUCAUCCUGGAUUUCAAUGUCCUAUUUGUAGGACUUAUUCUGAUCUUGAUGCCAAUGUAGCAAUUGAAGAGGACAUAGCUCAGCCUACAAAGAACAGUUCAUUAGAUUCAGAGAGAGCUUUAGUAUCAUCUUCCUUAAUAGAAAAUGAUAGACAUUCAUCUAAUGUAGAACAGCCUGUUUCUCUUUCUUCUAACAUGAUUCUUAAUACAGAGCCUUCUCUAAUGGAACAACCAUUCACUUUAUCUAAUCCUAAUAAUAGUAAUCUUGAUACAGAAAUAGCCAGAGUGGAAACAAACCAUUUUCCUUUAAUAGAAGAACAAGAACAACAUCAGCCAUCUAGUCAUAAACGAGAAAGAAGAUCUAGUCAUAUUAUAGAGAAAUUAAAAACUGUCUUUUUUGAAAAACGAAAAUCAACUUCCUUAUCUCAACAACAACGUCGUCGACAUAAAAGUAAUAACACUAAUACAGAUACUCAUCAACAAAGACCUCUUUCAUUUUCAGAAGGCUUAUUCUCCUCAACAACAACAUCAAAUAUCGCUACCUCCACUGCUAUCAAUAAUAAUAAUAAUAAUAAUAGAAGAAGAGGUAGUCAUCCAUAUCAGGAUACAUCUUUAUCUUCAUUUAUUCGAACUUUAUCAAGACAAUCUACAACAUCACCUCAAUUAGUGACAAUAGAUGAACAGCAACAGCAACAACAACCACAAAGGCUUGUAUCAGAGCCAAUGAUGGUCGAUAGUUAAAUAAAUAUAUAUUUAUAUAUGUAUUUAUAAUGUUUCUAAUUGAAUUUGAUGAACAAAUUGUUGCAUAAAUCUAUGUCUUUCUGUAGCUAAUUCUUUCCCUUUAGAUGUUCUCAUCAAUGACUUUAGAUUAAAUAGUUUUUCUAUAUAAAUGAUUUAUUAGCCCUCCUAUCCCCUUCUCC